UGAGGCGGCGCGGAGCGCGCAUGCGCAGUGCGCGGGCGGGCCGUCGUGGGCGCCGCUCCCGGCAGCUGAGUGCCUGUGGGAGCCGGGGCGGCGGUGCCGCGGGUGCUCCGGACUGAGUCCUCGUGUAAUGUUCAAGCCCAGAAAUGCCUUAUGUGGAUCGUCAGAAUCGCAUCUGUGGUUUUCUAGAUAUUGAAGAAAAUGAAAACAGUGGGAAAUUUCUUCGACGGUACUUCAUACUGGAUACCAGAGAAGAUAGUUUUGUGUGGUAUAUGGAUAAUCCACAGAACCUACCUUCUGGAUCAUCACGUGUUGGAGCCAUUAAACUUACCUACAUUUCAAAGGUUAGCGAUGCAACGAAGCUAAGGCCAAAAGCUGAGUUCUGUUUUGUUAUGAAUGCAGGAAUGAGGAAAUACUUCUUACAAGCCAAUGAUCAGCAAGACCUAGUAGAAUGGGUGAAUGUCUUGAACAAAGCUAUAAAAAUUACAGUGCCAAAGCAGCCAGAUUCACAGCCUAGUUCUGAUAACCUACAUCGCCAAGGUGAAUGUGGGAAAAAGCAAGUGUCUUACAGAACGGAUAUUGUUGGUGGUGUGCCCAUCAUUACUCCAACUCAGAAAGAAGAAGUAAAUGAAGUUGGUGAAAGUACUGACAAAAAUCAUUUGAAAAGGUCACAAAGCCAUCUUCCUUAUUUUACUCCUAAACCACCUCCAGACAGUGCAGUUAUCAAAGCUGGAUAUUGUGUGAAACAAGGAGCAGUGAUGAAAAACUGGAAGAGAAGAUAUUUUCAGUUGGAUGAAAACACAAUAGGCUACUUCAAAUCUGAACUGGAAAAGGAACCUCUCCGUGUAAUACCACUUAAAGAGGUUCAUAAAGUCCAAGAAUGUAAGCAAAGUGACAUAAUGAUGAGGGAUAAUCUGUUUGAAAUUGUAACAACAUCUCGAACUUUCUAUGUGCAGGCUGAUAGCCCAGAAGAAAUGCAUAGUUGGAUCAAAGCGGUCUCCGGCGCCAUUGUGGCACAGCGGGGGCCUGGGAGAUCAGCCUCUUCUGAGCGUCCCACCUGCCCUUCAGAAUCCAAACACACUGUCCGCUCUGCCAGCACAGCAGCAGCCACCGCACAUUCCACAGCCUCUCGGAGCAACUCUCUGGUCUCAAGCCUUACCAUGGAGAAGCGAGGAUUUUAUGAAUCUCUUGCCAAGGUCAAGCCAGGGAACUUCAAGGUCCAGACUGUCUCUCCAAGAGAACCAGCUUCCAAAGUGACUGAACAAGCUAUGCUAAAACCUCAAAAUGGCCCUCAGGAAAAAGAUAAUGACCCAGUGGACUUGGAUGAUGCAAGCCUUCCAGUUAGUGAUGUGUAAGCUGGAAGCAUGGGGUCCUGAAUCCCCUUCUACCCUUCAGUGUCCUUUCAUGAGGCCUCUAGCCAAAGAUGAUAAAGAUUGAAAUGUGUUUAAUAUAAUAUAUUUCACUGUCUCUUAGAUACACUCUUAAACAAACUGGUAAACCAAUAUUCUAGGGAGCAGCCAAAUUAAAUGUAAUUCCUUUACGAGACAAAAAUUUGUCUCAGUAUCAGCUGUCCAAAGCUUUGUGUAUUCUCAUUGGAGUGGUAAACGUGUGUGUGAUACUUUUUUCUCCUAGUGACUUUGACAGUUUAAAUAUUUAACAACUAAAAACAUUAAAAAUGCUUAUUUUGAUCCUUUAAAAAAUGCUAUGACUUCCUAUUAAAUGUUCAAUAUUUACACAUUCUUAUUCAUCAAUAUUACCACAUCAAAUAUGGCUGGACUAUGGGGUGUCUGUGGUGCUGCAGAAUUUUUACUGCAAUAUGGACUGUUUUGAAAUUUAACUUUCUUAUGCCCUGGAUCUUGAGGUGAGUGGUAAAUUUUGCAUGAGGAUGAUGGGUUGUCCUGGGUGA